GGUCGAUGCGAAAGAUGGGAUGUAUGAUGUCAAUUUAAAUGUUAGAAAUUGCGGUUUUUGUAUUUGAACUUGGUUGGAAAUGUUCCGUUUCUAUAUUUAAAUACAAUUGUAUCAAAAACUGUUGAUUCAGGCAGCUGUUGUCAUGUAAAGCUUGAUGGGAGUCACCAUUGAAGCACAUUGGUCUAUUGCGAAUUUUGAUAGGUACUUCGCUAAUUAUCUUCGGCUGUGUGACUUUUUGUUGCUGCACUGCAGAUUAACAGAUGCUGCAUUCUAACACGCAGUUGCUUUUUACGAGAGGGGUUAGGAAAUGGAGAGUGAAUAUGGAGGUACCUGUGAUCAGACAGAACUGAAAUCAUUGCUUAAUGAAUUGGAAGUGUCUUAUAAAAUGCAGGAAAAAGAAGCUAAGUACCAUGUGAUCAAACUUCAAGAAGAAAGCUUAAAAGUGAAACAGAUCCUCUCAAAGAUAUCAUUGGUUGUCAGAUCUGCUGAACAGAAAGGAAAUAUUGAAAGUUAUCAAGCACUUUAUAAAAAGGCUAUCGAGGAACGAGAUGAAUAUAAACUGAAAGCUCACAAUCAGGCAUGUGCUAUAAUGAAAUUAGAAAGAGAGCUGUGUAAAAUAAAAAACGGUACCUUGGACAACAAAAACGUUGGUUCAAAUAGUGCGUCAUAUUUGGAUAAGGAAAUUGAUUUUUUGCAUACGGAAAAUGCCUCUCUCAGAAAUGAACUCAAAUGCCUUAAAAACCUUCUAAAUGAUCAAGAGCAUUUGAAGAAAGAACUGUCUGACAGCAACUUGGAGAAUAUUUCUCUUAAAGAACAGAUUGUUAAUAAACAAACAGAGUUAAUGGAAAUGCAGUAUCAGUUUGACAGUAAACUGAAAAAAGUACAGACAGAAUGUGAACAACAUACAUUAAAUCUACAAAAGAAACUUUCAGAGUGUCAAGAACAACUAACAGAGGCCAAGAUUUCAAAGGAGUUGACAGAGAGUAAUCUGAAGGAGAAAUAUGCAUGUGCAUUGAAUAAAGUGAAAGAAAUGCAGCAGAAGCUUGAGAAAAUAGUUGACGAUAAUGGAAAUGAAGGUACAUGUAUAGUGGGCUCUCCACCAGACAAGUCUGAAAAUUCAGCCAAGAUGGCAAAUGAAUUUGCUGAAUCAAAUGGUUGUGAACAAACCAAGAUCACCACUGUUAUCACUACUACCAGAAGCAGCAGUAGUACCGUUACUACUACUGAAAAAGUUUUGAAGACCUCUUAUUCAUCAGAAGAUUCCCCAGAGAGGAAUGGUUCAGACAAAAGUAAUAAAAUGAAAUUGAAAAAAGGAGUAGCAGUGUGCCUUUUGGAUGAUGAAGAGCAGCUGGUGGUUAAAGGAGAGGAGAGAUCAGAUGACUGUGAGAAUGAGGAUUUGUCAGAAGAGGAAGUUGAUGAAAUAUGCAUCCUGUUAUGAAACCAACAUAGAAACAGUGCACCAGAAGAAAAUUUAUGUAUUCUGAAGAUGGUUGAACUGAAAGUCCUAUCCUUAUGGCUAGAAAUGUUAGAGCAUGUGCAUCUUGCAUUAGUGGAUAACAUUUUUCCCUGUAUGCAUGCAUGCACCAGUGUGUGUGUGUGUGUGUGUGUGUAGGCAUGUGGUAUUAAUUUACCAUAUGGUAUUAAGAAUAGCUUCAAUAAUGAAGCUGAAUUGAUGAUGCAGACCAUUACAGAAUAUUGUCACACAUGUCAGCUAAGAGACAGAAGACACAUACUGAUACAUACAUGAUAAAGAGUGAGGUAGAUAAUGAACAAGUUUAGACACUGUAGAAAAGAAAGGGAGGGGGGGGGGGGGGAGAGAGAGAGAGAGAGAGAGAGAGAGAGAGAGAGAGAGAGAGAGAGAGAGAGAGAGAGAGAGAGAGAGAGAUAAUGCAGAGAUAAUAUAAAUUUGCUUAUACUGCAUCAAGAAUUAAUUUUAAAGAACAAGUCUUAAUAAUCCUAAAUAUGUAUCAAUGCGGAAGUUAGUACUGGUGUGUUUGUUAACUACCUGCCCCAGCGGACAUCUUUUGUGUCAGUAAUGGCACAUUAAAAAGUCAGAUGAGUUACAAAUUUGAUAUUUGAGAGCCAUAAGAGAACUCUGAAACAGUUGUUGUAAUCUAAUUUUUAAACUAAUCAUGUCCAUGUAGACAUAUUUGUCUUAUUUUUGAUGACAAGCACUUACAUUCAAAACAACCCUUUUGUUUGUGUAGGUUCUGUUUGUUUCAUUCCUUUCUUGUAGUUCAAAACGACAAGUUUCUCCCAAAUGUUAUUAAAUUGAGAUUCCAUGAUGAAGGUAGGCAAACUUUAAAAAACACACAAAUUUGGUAGUUUUUUCUAGUUAAAAACAAAGCUUUCUUCAAACCAAAUUUUGGUUUGAAUACUGUAGGCCCCUACUAGACAUGGUUCUAUUGGAUAUGGUAUUUGAACUCUGAAUCAUGUGCAACUUGGCCUUUGUCAUAUUAACAAAUCAUUGACAGAGGUGAAAGAAACAAGACUUGAUAGAAUAGGUCUGAGGAUUGAAUCAUGGAUUUUUGGACAUACUUCUAGUUUUGUACAUCGAAGAACAUAAGUCUCCCAUCUGCAGCUCUGGUAACACUAACCAUUGGAUGAUUGCCAGGGCAGAUGGGUUAGGCAGAUGGCUCUUCGCGGCAGUGGCAAAAUGUAGGUUAGAGAGGUAAAGGACAGAACAGUGUUGGUAAAGGAGAGAAUUUAUUUGGAAAUAGUAAGAGGAAAGGUUGAUGGCAAGGGAGUGUUGUAUAGGAUGGGUAGAUACAAGUGUAUUGGAAUGAGAUGAGUUUUAGGUCAGAGGAAUGUGGAAACAGAUGAUGUGCUGUAAGGGGAAGUUGUCUCCUGAAGAGCUUGAGGUAGCAACUGCUGGAGGAGGGAGGGGGGGGGGGGGGAGAUUCUUAUGAGGUUGUUAUUUAAGCAGAUGUUAGCACUGAGGUUUUGUGGCUUGCAACGUGUCCAGCAACUAGGUUGUUGACCUCGCUGUAACUAUUUAUGUGGGAAAGAAAUGGUAGUAUGAAGUAGGUGUUUUGCAAGACACUGGUAAGAGGUGUCACUAGUCCUGAGCUGUGACUGAUGUUAGGAGCACAGACCAGGUAAUUGGUGUCUUUAAGUGCAAGGUUCAGUCAGGUGAUAUGUUAGAAUACUGCUCCUUCCUCAGGGAUGAUAGAUCGGUGAAAGUUACAAGAGCUAGUCAUGAAGUUUUAAUUAUUAUCUCAAAAAUAAAGUCAUGAAAUUAAUUUUUUUACUAUUUUUGGAUAUAUAUGUGCAGUCCAUGUACACACUGAAAUCCUCACUGUACUGUAGAAUGCUGCUGGAGUAGCCAAAACGGAAUUAUACAGCAUGUCUCCAUCAUUCAUUUGGUUUUGACCCCUUUAGUGGGAUGCUAAAGUACUAUGGUGUGGGGAUUUCGCAGUGUACCAAAGCUGCAGUUAUGUAUCAGAAAACAGACAAAACAUUAAUUACUUAUUUCAUUCUUCCAAAUUAUUAAUAAAAUUUUGAGUAACCAUCAUAAUAGAGAAGAGCAGGUCUCUUAGACCCCAGGAGAAGAGGGACACAUUAGUAGUUAGAACAACCCUAGACCAAAGGAAGAAAGAUUACUGAAGACAUAAAAUUAUCACCAAAUAUCAAAAUAAAUUACAGGCAAAAAUUGCAGGCAAGCUCAGGCAGAACAAAAGAUGAUGUCAGGAAGGCGGUUAAUUGUAUUAAGAGGAAAAUUCAAUCAAGAAAACUAUUGUAUUUUGAGACGGAAUUACUGGCCAGUACCCAUACCUUCAGGCAGGUGGGGGGAUAAACCAUUCUACACACAGAAAAAUUAAAGUACAUGACACUAUAACUCUGUGUUAGGUUUCGGAAAUGUCACUUUCUUCCUCAGGUAGGAAAGAAGGUUGGGAGUAAUGUUAAAAAGGCAAGGCAGGUCACUCAGACUCCAAGAUGAUGGAGACGCACUAUAAUGAGGAUGAGGGUCGUAACUAUAGAUAGGUCCCUCUUGUCCUUGGGACUGAGUGAUGUGUCUUCCUUUCUUUUAACUUUCCCUAAACUAUCCUUGCUUCUCCUCUAGGAAGGCGCUAGUAGUUCUGAAACUAGGCUAGUGUCACCUAUUUUUACUUUUAUGUGUGUGUAUUAGCAGUACUAAAAGUGAAACAUGUCACAGAGAGGAGAAGAGCAUUCGUUAGUGGGAUUUCAACAAAAGGCUAAUAACUCUGUGUUUAUAAACAUAUUUGAAACACCACUGUAUGAAAGGGACCUGGUAAUUCAGUUUCCACAGUUUGUUAGUGGAUUGACACUUUGGUUUUAUGAGUAGUUCAUCAACAGUUAAUUAUCUCCUCCCCCUGCACCUCCCCCCCCCCCCCCACCCCUCUCUCUCUCUCUCCAAGAAAAGUAAAGCCUUACUGCUAUGUGGAAUUCUUAAUGACAGUACAGAAAAAUCACUUGAAUCAUAAGUAUUUAUUAACUGGCAUUUAUCUCAUGGUGCUAUGUCAUAGCCAGAUCAGCUGUUAGCUGUGCCACAAGUAAGGCUCUGUCAGCUAGGAGCCAGAUGCCGACAUGAACAGAAAAUGUUUUUGCUGGAAACAGUUUAAUACACUGCUAGUAUCGCCUAAAAACAGAUUAUGCAUGUACAUGGCAUGAUUCAGUAAGUGCAAGUGAAAUGAUGCUUUACUGUGCCUUGUUAGCAGUGAUGAAACAUUUGUGUGACACUAUUGUUAGCAGUGGUAUUUUACUUUUGUACAGUGGAGGGGGUCUUGAUUGAAAUUGGAGAUACUGGGUUUCUAGCAGUGAAAAUACAUGGCAGCAGCACAUAAAGUCACACAUUCAGAAUGAUUUUAAGAAACUGAAUUUAGUUGCUUUGAUGAUUAAAGUUAAGUGAUUGCACAUUUAGUUCUUGCUUGUAGAAGGAACACAUUUUGUAAAAUACCCAGUUUUUUUAGUGUCCAUAAGAAUUGGGAAUGUCUGUUCUAUCUGCAAAUAAUAAGUUCAGUUGUGCAUAUAGUAAUUAGAAUAUGGUGGAACCAGUGGAAAAAUGCUCGUUUUAGAGCACAAAAAAUGUGAAUAUGCUCCUGUUUAUUAAAAGACUCUGACUGAAAAGAGGGGUACUAGCUGCCUCAUUCUAUCUUCCUCAGCACCCUUCAAAAUUUUUCCCAAAAAUUUUGCCAUGCCGUUGCAUGGAUACCCAUAAAUGAGGCAGUUCAAAAUAUAUAUAACAAUAAUAAUAAGGUGGUGUACUGUGUAACAGACAUGUCAGUUUCAGUGUUAUAUAUACACACACUUUUAAUUAACACUUGAUUUCCUUGGCUUUACUUUUAUACACUGAUUGUGUUCCUUAGAAUUGUUAUUGUUAUUGGUACUAUUUUGCAUCACUGUCUUUUUUAUUUCAAUUUUAUUUAAAUAGCUUUGUUGACCAUAUAGCAACAUUGCUGAGUUUUUAUCUGUUAACUGUACAUUCUAUUAUGUGAACUUUUUGAUAGUAUUGA